AUGAAGUCACUGGACGUCUCAGACGAGGUGCUGCUGUCAGGCUCCAGAACGUUCCCAAAAAGAAACCUCGAUUCAAAGUUUGUGGAGAGCCCUCGCAUUCCACAAUCAGAGCUUGGCUCCCCUACAUACACCUCCACCACUGCCAAGAAUCCAGACCUGGACACAUACUGCCCUGGGGAGUCAAGCCAGGAGCUGGGCCCCCCUCCGUCGGUGGAUGAGGCGGCCAACACAUUGAUGACGCGGCUGGGUUUCCUUCUGGGAGACAAAGUGAGUGAGGGGCCAGCCGGUACCCAGUACAGCAUGGAGGAACCCGAGGCGAGACAGGGCCAGAACCAGAGGAUCAGCCCCUGCUCCACCCUGACCAGCAGCACUGCCUCCCCACCUGCGGGCAGCCCCUGCUCCACCCUCCCCACCGCCAUGCCCGGCCAGGCCGGCAACAGGGACUGCGCCUACGGGUCGGUCACCAGUCCCACCUCGACGCUGGAGAGCAGGGACAGUGGAAUCAUCGCCACUCUGACCAGCUACUCGGAGAACAUGGAGCGAGGCGGCAAGUACGGCGAGGGUUCCCGGGGGAACCUCAAGCUGUGGCAGUCUCAGAAAUCAGGCAUGGACUCGUUCCUGUACAGGGUGGACGAAAACAUGACCGCCUCCACCUACAGCCUCAACAAAAUCCCCGAGCGAAACCUGGAGAGCAUGUCCUCCCAUUCCGCCCACUCUAUCCCUUUGUACCUCAUGCCCCGCCCUAACUCUGUGGCUGCUACGAGUUCGGCCCACCUGGAGGACCUGGCCUACCUGGAUGAGCAGAGGCACGCCCCCCUGCGCACCUCGCUGCGCAUGCCGCGGCAGAGCACCACCUGCGGGCCGGGCCGCUCCGGGCCGGACCUGAGAGCUUCCGCAAAUAACGCCCAUGCCUGGCAAUCCCAGUCACUGCGUUUUGCACCCUACCGGCCCCAAGACAUCGCUCUCAAACCGCUGCUGUUCGAGGUGCCCAGCAUCACCAUGGACUCCGUCUUCACCGGCCGCGAGUGGCUCUUCCAAGAGAUCGACGGCCACCUCAACAGCCCCAACUCCAGCACCAACCAGGGCGUCGUGAUCGUGGGCAAUAUCGGCUUCGGCAAGACGGCCAUCAUCUCUCGCCUGGUGGCGCUCAGCUGCCACGGCACCCGGAUGAGGCAGAUUGCCUCCGACAGCCCUCAAGCCUCCCCCAAACACGGAGAGGGGCUUCCUCUCACCCAGCCCCAGCCUACGCACGGCACCCUCGGAGGAGGCAGCUGUCCAGGAACCCCUGAGAUGAGGCGACGGCAGGAGGAGGGCAUGAGGAGGCUGGCGUCUCAGGUGGUGGCGUACCACUACUGCCAGGCGGACAACGCCUACACCUGCCUGGUGCCGGAGUUCGUGCACAACGUGGCGGCCCUGCUGUGCCGCUCGCCGCACCUGGUGGCCUACAGGGAGCAGCUGCUGAGGGAGCCCCACCUGCAGGGCACCCUGAGCCUGCGCUCCUGCGUCCAGGACCCCCUGGCCUCUUUCAGGAAGGGGGUCCUGGAGCCUCUGGACGCACUUUACAAAGAGAGGAAGAUCAACUCUGAAGAAGAUCUCAUUAUCCUCAUCGACGGCCUCAACGAGGCAGAGUUCCACAAGCCGGACUAUGGGGACACCAUUGUGUCCUUCCUCACCAAAACCAUCAACAAGUUCCCUCCCUGGCUUAAACUGGUGGUCACAGUCAGAACCACGUUACAGGAGAUCACCAGCACGCUGCCCUUUCACCGGAUCUCUCUGGACAGCCUGGAGGAGAACGACGCCAUAGACCAGGACCUGCAGGGCUACAUCCUGCACCGCAUCCACAGCAGCCCGGAGAUCCAGAACAACAUCUCGCUCAACGGGAAGAUGGACAACACCACCUUCGGCAAGCUCAGCGCCCACCUGAAGGCCCUGAGUCAGGGAUCCUAUCUGUACCUCAAACUCACCUUUGACCUCAUUGAGAAGGGCUACCUUGUCCUCAAAAGUUCAAGCUACAAGGUUGUUCCGGUCAACCUGGCCGAGGUGUACCUGCUGCAGUGCAACAUGCGCUUCCCCACGCAGUCGUCGUUUGAGCGGGCGCUGCCGCUGCUCAACGUGGCCGUGGCCUCGCUCCACCCGCUCAACGACGAGCAGAUUUAUCAGGCCAUCAACGCCGGCUCGCUGCAGGGCACCCUGGACUGGGAGGACUUCCAGCAACGUGUGGACAACCUGUCUGUUUUCCUCGUGAAGAGGAGGGACGGCACCCGGAUGUUUGUUCACCCGUCCUUUAGAGAGUGGCUGAUCUGGAGAGAGGAGGGAGAAAAGACAAAGUUCCUCUGCGAUCCGAGGAGUGGGCACACCCUAUUGGCCUUCUGGUUCUCUCGCCAGGAGAACAAGCUGAACAGACAGCAGACUAUUGAGCUGGGCCAUCACAUCCUCAAAGCACAUAUCUUCAAGGGUCUGAGCAAAAGAGUAGGCGUUUCCUCAUCUAUCUUGCAAGGCCUGUGGGUUUCCUACAGUACGGAGGGCCUUUCAGCGGCGCUUUCUUCACUCCGAAAUCUCUACACGCCCAACAUCAAGGUGAGCCGGCUGCUGAUGCUGGGCGGCGCCAACGUCAACUACCGCACGGAGGUGCUGAACAACGCCCCCGUCCUGUGCGUCCACUCGCACCUGGGUUACAUGGACAUGGUGGCGCUGCUGCUGGAGUUCGGGGCCUCCGUGGACGCCCAGUCGGAAAGCGGCCUGGCGCCGCUGGGCUACGCCGCCGCCGGCGGUCACAUGGCCAUCGUCACCGCUCUCUGUCGCAGGAGGGCAAAGGUGGAUCACCUGGAUAAGAACGGCCAGUGCGCUCUGGUCCACGCGGCCCUCAGGGGCCACAUGGAGGUGGUGAAGUUCCUCAUACAGUGUGACUGGAGCAUGGGGUCACACCAGCAGCAGCAGUCACCGCAGAGCCAGCAGCAGCAGGCCUUCAGCAAGAGCCACGCGGUCCAGCAAGCCCUCAUUGCUGCGGCCAGUAUGGGAUACACGGAGAUUGUCUCAUAUCUGCUGGAUCUGCCUGAGAAGGAUGAAGAAGAGGUGGAACGGGCACAGAUCAAUAACUUUGACACCCUCUGGGGAGAGACAGCUCUGACCGCAGCCUCCGGUCGGGGGAAGCUGGAGGUGUGCCGCCUGCUGCUGGAGCAGGGAGCGGCCGUGGCUCAGCCCAACAGGCGGGGCAUCGUCCCCCUCUUCAGCGCCGUCAGACAGGGCCACUGGCAGAUUGUAGACCUCCUGCUGACUCACGGAGCAGAUGUCAACCUGGCUGACAAACAGGGCCGGACGCCGCUGAUGAUGGCUGCCUCGGAGGGUCACCUGGGAACGGUCGAGUUUUUACUAGCGCAAGGAGCCUCGCUGUCUCAGAUGGAUAAAGAGGGUCUGACCGCUCUGAGCUGGGCCUGUCUGAAAGGACAUUUACCUGUGGUCCGCUGUCUGGUGGAGAGCGGGGCUGCCACUGACCACGCAGACAAGAACGGACGCACGCCCCUGGACCUGGCAGCUUUCUACGGUGACUCUGAAGUGGUCCAGUUUUUGGUGGAUCACGGGGCCAUGAUAGAGCACGUGGACUACAGUGGGAUGCGUCCUCUGGACAGGGCGGUGGGCUGCAGAAAUACAUCGGUGGUGGUCGCUCUGCUCAAGAAAGGAGCCAAAAUAGGAUGUCAGACGCUGCCCAGUCGGCCCCGAGGUCCAGCCACGUGGGCCAUGGCCACCUCCAAACCCGACAUCAUGAUCAUCUUGCUGAGUAAGCUCAUCGAGGAGGGGGACAGCUUUUACAAGAAGGGGAAGGUGAAAGAGGCCGCGCAGCGUUACCAGUAUGCUCUCAAAAAAUUUCCACGCGAAGGCUUCAGCGAGGACCUCAAGACUUUCAGGGAACUCAAAGUAUCGCUCUUCCUCAACCUGUCCCGAUGUCGGAGGAAAAUGAACGACUUUGGGAUGGCUGAGGAAUUCGCUACUAAGGCCCUCGAACUGAAACCAAAUUCUUAUGAGGCAUUUUACGCCAGGGCCCGCGCUAAACGUAGCAGCAGACAAUUUCCUGAAGCCUUAGAGGACCUGAAUGAAGCCAUAAAGCAGUGCCCCAAUAACCGAGAGAUCCAGCGGCUGCUCCAGCGGGUGGAGGACGAAUGCCAUCAGCUCAGUCAGGAGGAGCACCAGCAGACGGAUCUGGAGCUGGAGCCUCCUCCCUCCCCUCCGCCCACGCCUCCUGCGGACGAGGAGGAAUCCCUGUCCCUGUCCAUGCCCCUCCCUCCUCCCCCGGAGCCCCGUCUGGAGGACAUGGAGCCGGUUCAGGACCUGUUUGAGGACGAGCGCUACCUGGAGCAGGAGCUGGAGGCCAUGUCCAUGGGCCUGCCCCCGCCUGACUCUCUCAGCAAUCUUUCCAGUCUUCCCAUCAUCCAGAGCCCGCCGUUGUCCCCCACGCAUCCGGAUCAGAUUUACCUAGCUGGGGGUUCGCCCAUGGGCCAGCCUUACGAGUACCUGCCCACCUCCUCCUCCAUGUCCUCCCCGACUCGUGGCUCUUACCAGCCCACGUCGCCCUCCCUCUCCCCGACGCAUCACAACUCCCACUACCGCCACAGUCCCCCGCACACCUCCCCGGUGCACCAGGCCUCCUACCGCUUCAGCCCGCCUCCCAUGGGCACGGGGGGUCAGGGGAUGGACCACCAGAGCCCGCCCCCUUCCCCUUUACGGCGGGCCGCCCAGUACAGAGCCAGCCCGCCCAUAGAAGGCGUUUGCCUGUACAGGUCGCAGUCCGGGUCGCCCGUGCGCUACCAGACCGAGCAGCACCCGGGCCGGCCCAAGUCCCCGCUCUCCAAGAUGAGCAGCCAGCGCUCGUUCCAGCUCAGCUCGCAGCCCUCGCUCUCCUCCCAGCACCACCAGGCCCAAGGCCUCCGCCUGCAGCCCUCCAUAGCCCAAAUCGUCCGCACAAACCAGCCCAGCAACAUGAUGGGCAACAGCAGCUUCGUGGGCCAGAUGGGUCACUCCAUGGGCGGCCGUUACCAGGGGGGCUCGGUGGACGUGGAGAGCCGCCUGGUGUACCAGCCCUCCCUGGACGGACGGAUGUCCCAGGUCCAGGCCAGCCUCAGCUCUGGGGCCCUCUGUCAGCACGGUGGCCGAGGAGGGGUCAUGGAGUCCAACCUGUUGAAGGAUGAGCUACCCCAGCGCCCCUCCUCUGCCUACCGCGCCAGCAGCGGGGGCCCGGGGGGCGUCCGCUACAGCCAGACGCCCCAGAUCAGUCGCAGCCAGUCCGCCGCCUACUACCCGGUUUCCGAACACGUCCUGGAGCGCGCCAACGCCAUGCCUCCCUGUCAGCUCGGCUCCCCGGAGAUCCCGCACAUGGUGAGACGCCCCGUGAGCGCCAACACCACCGAGAUGAAGCAGCACGUGCCCACCCCCAGGCCCCUCAUCCACUCCCAGAGCGUGGGCCUGCGGUUCUCCCCCUCGAGCAACAACAUCUCCACCGGAUCCACGUCCAACCUGGCGCCGAACUUCAGGCCCUCCUCGUCCAUCCAGCAGAUGGAGAUCCCCUUGCAACCCACGUACGAGCGCAGCUGUGACGACAUCUCGCCCAUCUCGCCCUCGCAGGGGGGCGGGGGGCUGUAUCAGGGCGAGGCCACCCGCUCUCGGAACACACCUUUCAUGGGCAUCAUAGACAAGACGGCACGGACUCAGCAGUACCUGCACCAGCCGACCCGGUCCCGAGCCAUGACCUCCAUGGAUUCCGCCAUCAGCCCCACCUCGCCCGGUCAGCUGGUCCAGCAGGGCUCCACCUACAGCCCCCCGGCCUCACUGGGCAACAUCGCGUACUACAACAAGACCAACAACGCCCAGAACGGACACCUACUGGAAGAGGACUACUACUCCCAGACCCAGCCGCCCUCCCUGGGGAAGCUGGCCAACGGCUCGCGGGGGAGCGGCGACAUUCUGGAACGGGUCAGCCAGGUUCCCACCUACCCGGACGUGAAGGUGGCGAGGACUCUGCCCGUGUCGCAAGCCUACCAGGACAACAUGUACCGCCAGCUGUCCCGUGACUCGCGGACCCAAGGCCCCACGUCCCCCAUCAAACCAAAGAGACCAUUUGUGGAGUCGAAUGUGUGA